UGUUUACGCUAGAUGAAUUAACAUUUAUUGCUGACUUAGCAAAAAAAUGGGGAACACUUGUAAUGGUUAAUGAAGUAUAUGAAUUCUUUACUUUCGAUAACAACGAACAUAUCAGGAUUGCGACUCUACCAGGAAUAUUUGAACAAGCAAUCACAAUCAGCUCUGUUAAAACAAUGAUUGCGACAACUGGUUUUAAAAUUGGUUGGGCUUACGGAAGCAAAAAACUUAUUUAUAGUAUUAAAGAAAUCCAAAGUCAGAUCCCUAGGAACCCCUCAAGAUUUCUUCAGGAAAGCGUUGCGGUUAUACUAGAGCAAGAAACUAAGAAUUUCGGCAAACCUUAUUCAAUUAUUGAACGUUUGAAAAAACAUGCUCAAGCAAACAGGGACUACUUGUAUCGGAGUUUGAUUAAGGUUGGAAUGACUCCUAUACUUCCUCAAGGUGGUUAUAAUAUGAUUGCUAAUUGGACAACAAUGAGAGACAGAAUUUUGUUAGAAUCCAAGAAUGAUGAAUGUACAGAUUUGAGAUUUUCAAACUGGUUUAUAAAGAAUAUUAACAUAUUGAGUUUACCAUUAUCACACUUCUACCAUGAUGAAUACGAGUGUUCUAGAAAGGAUUUUAUUAGUAUGACGAUUAUCAAGGGAAGUGAUACGUACAAAAAAGCUGAAAAACUUUUAUCAGAAUGGCUUUCACGACAAUAAAUCGAAUACCAUAAAUAUUUUUCUCUAAAC